AUGAAAGUCGACAUCGCUGCCCCGAUCGUCGUCUAUGAGGAAAAUGGGAAGAGCUACAGGAAAUACGAGGAAGAGCCAGCCGACCCGAUUCAGGCCCGCGUGAAAAGCCACUACCGUAACCAGCACCUCCACCAGACUGUCGAUUUUGUCAGCGCAAUGCAAAAGAAAUGGCUCUCCUUCAGCCAUGCUCAGAUGCCGAUCCUGGACUGCUUGGACUUGUUGGCCGGGUUUUUGGAUGAGAGCGAUCCAGAUGUAGAUGAAGCUAACCUGUACCACGCCUACCAAACGGCAGAAAAACUACGCGAAAAUCAUCCAGAUAAGCCGUGGAUGCACUUGGCCGGUCUCGUCCACGACUUGGGCAAGAUCAUGAGCGUGUGGGGGGAGGAGCAGUGGGCCGUGACGGGGGAUACCUAUCCGGUUGGAUGCCGUCCAGACCCUUCUAUCGUCUACGGUGUCGAGAGCUUUGCCGGAAAUCCGGAUCAGGAAAACGAGCAGUACACCACCGAACUCGGCAUGUACGAGCGGGGAUGUGGUUUUGAGAAUCUGCUGAUGUGCUGGACACACGACGAAUAUUUGUAUCAGGUACUGAAAAACCAUGGCACCACGCUCCCUGAAGAAGCUCUCUACGCCAUCCGAUUCCACUCCUUCUACCCCGCACAUUCCCAUGGCGCCUAUAAGCAGUUCGAAAGUGAGCGCGAUCGUCAACUUCACGAUGCUAUCAUGGAGCUCAACGCCUGCGACCUGUACUCGAAGAGCGAUGACCGCCCAAAUGUCCAGGAGCUCAAGUCGUACUACCAAGGCCUCAUCGACAAAUAUAUCCCCGGAACGGUGAAGUGG